GACCCGAUGUUUUCUGCUACUUCAUCCGACUCGCAAAUAUCGUCGGACUUCCGUUUCGCUGAUACUAUGGCAAGUGCUGCCUUGUCAGCUUUCUCCCGAGAUCCAAUUGCAGCGAUACAAUUCAACACUGCAUGUCGUAGCGGAUGGUUUGACGUAUUGCGGGUAUCAUAUGAUUCAGCAAGAAUCUCUGACUUUGUUGGAUCGACUAUUACGCAAGCAAUCGGUACCUACAAAGCGGCGAUUGUGAUCAGAAUUAAAUGA